AUGUUGCCUAUUCACUCACCCUCGCGUAGUACUCUUCAGACAACUAAUAAUGACAACACACAACAACUUGAAAACUCGGACACAAAUACAAAUAUUACACAACAAAGACAGAAUCCACAAUUCAUAGAGAGGAACCCCAUAUUAACCAAUUACUCACCUCAAUCAAAUUACGAUCUGUAUGCCACUUCAGUUAAACUUCCUCAGUUUUGGACAAAUUGUCCUGAGGCCUGGUUUAUCCAUGCAGAAAUGCAAUUUACAACCAAAGGAAUAUCUUUGGACAAAACAAAAUACGAACACAUUAUUACUGCACUACCCCAAGAAGUAAUAAUGACAGUUCUGGAUAUAAUUCAGAAUCCUCCACCCAAUAAUCUUUACAAUAACUUAAAGAAGAUAUUAGUAGAUCGUCAUUCACUAAGUGAAACCUCCCGGUUAGAAAAGAUUUUGUCAGACAGUGAAAUAGGCAAUAGGAAACCCUCAGAAUUCUAUCGUUCACUGUCCCUUUUAGCUGGAAAUAGCUUUAGCCCUGACAUUUUGAAGAAAUUAUGGCUGAGAAAACUACCAAAAAGCCUUAAUGUUGCUUUAACUGGGUCAAAUCAUAAUGAUAUUAAUGAUAUGAUACAAUUAGCAGAUAGGAUAUGGGAAGUUAUGUACAAUAGUGAGGUUGCAAGCAUUAAAGAACAUACACCAACCAAUAUUGAAAAUAUUGUAGAAAAUUUAACUAAAUCCUUAUGUGACAAUAUGAAUAAAUUAUGUGUUUAA